GCGCAAGAUAUACCUCGCAAUCCCGUGCUACUAUGGAAACGCAAGCCGAUUUGCUCCCUGCCAACCCGCCAGACAAGUUUGAGGGUAUUGUGACGCACCUAAAGGGUUUUCAGACCCUCCAGCUAUGGGAAUUGUACAUCCGGAACCGAUUGAAAGCCUAUGGCCUAGAAUGCUUGGUUAGACAGGAUAUCCCAAAGCCUAGACCUGAUCAUCAGCUUUACGAGAAGUGGAACAAAGUAUCCAAGAGAGUCAGCUUAUGGAUCUUCAGUCAAAUCCAAGAGAGCAUUGCUCUUGACUUGAUUUCAACAGCAGAUGACAUGUCCCACGCAGUCAUCAAGCUUGUUAGCGGCUACGGAGAGUCUCUUCCGCGUACGACAUUUCUACGACUUACUUCCAUGAAACGAGAAGACUUUAGAACCGCAGAAGAGUUUGUCUCUGCGUUCACGAGAGAUGUACAACUCGCAAAUGGACUGGGAUGCAUCAUUACGCCCUUCUGCGCCUGCGUCUGGUUGCUGGACCAACUAAGUAAGGAUAUACCACGCUGGGUAGCAUCCGUUGAGGCAUCCAUGGAUGUUAAAUUUGAUGAUGCUGGGCCGGAAACGAUUACCUGGGAUUACUUUCAGGAAGUAUGCCAUAACGCCCUAAAUUGUGUUUCUGUUAUUGCAUACAGAUGA